AUGUCCUCUCCGUCCGAGCAGUCCAAGACAAAGGCUGAGGAGCUGAAAAUUGAAGGGAAUGCCUUGCAACGGAAGGGUGAUUACCGAGGGGCUCAUACCAAGUAUUCAGAGGCCAUCAAGUUCAACAGCGAGAAUGCGAUAUUGUUUGCGAAUCGCGCUGCCGCUAGUUUGUCCAUGAAGGAAUUCCUCGAUGCAGCCUAUGAUGCUCAGAAGGCAACCACUCUGGAUCGGAAGUUUUCUAAAGCAUGGGCGCGUCUAGCGAAAGCAAGUCAUGAGUUAUGCUUGUAUUCCAAGAGCAUUGAGGCGUGGAAAGAAGCACUUUCUUGUCUUCCGGCAUCCAACCUCUCUCCUGUAGAACUCAAGCUCAAAGCCCAGUACGAAGACGGUUGGAGACAAGUUGAGAGUGCUAAAUCGAAGAUAGAGAACCAAAGCCCGGAGGACGCAGGCCUCGCGCAAUUGGCAAUUAUCCCUGAAAAUAUGCCGUGGUCAAGAGCGUCAUCUAUGGAACAAGAUCUAGUGCGAAACAAGACAUUUUCCACAAGCGCUUGGGUGAUCAUGGCCGCAUACAAAGAGUUCUCAGAGGGCGUCCAAACAAUGAAACGCAUAAGAAUGGUUGAACCGAAUCGUUUAGAAGGGACUCUUGGGGCGUUGGCUGAUAUUACCAAUGGAUUACUUCGGGACGACCGUGUAUUUCAUAUGGACGUGAAUAACUGGAAUGAACUGCUCCACAGGCAAGUUCAAUUCGAAUGCGGAGUCACGAAUGCGUGGACAACAGGUGGUGCGAGCAUCAUCCAAGAAGAGGCGCCGAAGAGACUGAAGGCAGGCGGAUGGUCGGCGGUUCGUCCAGCGUUAUCUAACACGGUUCGGACUUGGGUCCUGCAAGCGUUGUUUUCUAGCAAGGGGAAUGUCAGUCAUGAGCAUGCACUCAGUCUCUAUAAGAGUGCAAUAUCUAUACUCGAGUGGGGUGCUAAGACAUGGAAAGAUGCCCGAACAGCCGAUAGGGGUGUUAUAUUUGAGAAGACUUUCAUCAGAGGGGUCAAGCGACUUCGCAUGGAGGCAUAUCUGGCCGCAUGCAAGAAGUGUGGACUUAACUCGAAGUCCUACACGCUCCGAAAGCUGAUGGACAUGGCUGCAGAUAUCCUUGCUGACGUGGAUGGAAAUCCACCGUGCAUCCAGGAAGAUGGCCUCUCUUAUGAUGCGGGCUCCGUCCUUUCUUUCUGGUACUAUCCAAAGGCGUCUGCGCUCGCUGCAAUGGGAUUCUGUCAGUUUGAGCUGGCGUCACAGUCGAAGGACGAUCCUGAGGUAGCCUACGCGUUCUGGGAGGAAUCAGGAGACUACUACAUGCAGGCUGCUCAAUGUUUUCCUCAAGAUGACGAACAAUUUCCUUAUUUUCUAAAAGUAGCUUUGGAAACACAGUGGCAUCGUGGGUUACCGCUGAAGAAGGCGCUGGAAACUUGCGCCGGGAUCCGAGAAGGGGUGACACAAGCGAAGAAGAUAUGGGAGCACGGUGCAUUUUGGGACAUCGUUGAGGGCAACCUUGCUCGGGUGCAGAGAUUCGAGUUGGAGGCUCUAACUGGGUUGAUGGACGGCAGAUAUACGAUGGACACUCCAUCGUCAUCUAUUGCAUUUGUUUAG